AUGGAGACGUUGCAGUUGUUCCUUGACCAAGGACGUGAAACACUCGCUGUUCGCUCGACCACUCGACUCAACGCCAAAAUUCGAGACUCACCUAGCAACGAUGAUGACCCAUUAGGGAAAACCACUUUUUUUGCUGCGAUCUUUGUUCGAGACGACUAUGUUCCACCAAAUUGCCUCAAUUUUCAGGGUAUCGGAUUGCGAAAUGGUAUCCUACAACGAUCUGAACAGCAGGAGGACGUGGUGAGCCGGAUUGAUCCGAAUCGAUGGCACACGAGCGGCCGUUGUCGCGUCAAGCAAAAUCUCGUGAAGUGGAGCACCUCUCGAAUGAAGAACCUCUCUCGUCGACAACAAAAAUAUGAAGAAAUAACGCUCGAUACCCUUGACCUCUAA